AUGGAUAGCCAAAUCCAAAAGAAGCUUAGAAUUAUGUAUCUCCGUGGAUUCAAAACAAGCGAAGAAAUCUUGAAGAAACUGAUUGGAAGAUGGCCUCAAAGUCUACUCCAAAAGUUAGAUCUUUAUUUCCUUGAUGCUCCAUUUCCCGCACAGGGGAACUCAGAUAUUGAAGGUAUUUUUGAUCCUUCAUACUAUGAAUGGUAUCAAAACAAUCAAGAUUUUGUAGAGUAUAGUAAUUUUGAAGUGUGUAUUGCAUAUAUAGAAAAUUACAUGGUAAUGCAUGGCCCUUUUGAUGGCCUGUUGGGUUUCUCUCAGGGGGCAUUUAUAUUAGUUGCUUUGCCAGGGAUGCAAGAAGAGGCGGUGGCUCUUAGCCUCUUACAAAAGUAAAAAGAAUAAACUUUGUGAUAUGGCGGAUUCAAGUUUGGAGUCUUUGGACAACCCAAGCUUGCGGCUAACGCAUUUUCAUCUCCCAUCCAGUGCCCAUCUCUCCAUUUCGUAGGUGAGUCUGAUUUUUUGAAGCAGGGAGGAACUACUCUUCUGGAAUCAUUUGUGGACCCCAAGGGGCCACUCUGUACCAGGACUUGCAAGAGCCAAUCAGGGUUUAAGAAGAUUUUGUACCGUUCAGACGCUGCCAUGUCACGCAGUGAUACAAGGGGUAUGGUUCUUGUCAGUACAGUAGGUGAGUGUCAAGCUUGCGAGUGGUUAGGGAUUGUCCACUUGCCCAAACCCUAUACAAUUUGA